GGUUGAUGAGCAGCACACUUCUUCUUGUGAGUCUCCAUCGUUUCCUCCCCUCGUCCCUCGACCACAUGCUGCAGGACACCAGUCUGUCCACGUGUAAUGAGACAUUGGUGAAACAUGAGGAGGGAAAUUGCAGCUGUGGUGUUCUUCCUGAAGAGGCUCUUGAAAACGGGAGCUCAGCUGGAGUCUCACCAAGUCGAGCUCUUUGUUGAGAGGCUGGCUGUGGCACUGCAGGAGAAGUUCAAGGGGCACUGGUACCCGGCAAACCCCAGCAAAGGACAUGCGUACAGGUGCAUCCGGAUCAACAGGCUCCACAGGCAGGAGCCAGAGUUCCUGCGGGCCUGUCGGGAGAGUCGGCUUCAGUACAGUGACCUGGGACUGCCCAGUGAACUCACAUUGUGGGUGGACCCCGGAGAGGUCUGCUGCAGGUAUGCGGAACAAAACCCUUUCUUCUCAGUGGCCACUUUCCCUAGUGAUGAGGAAGAGGACAAAGAGGUUGCAAAGAAGGUGACCAGCGCUUUGGAGAGGGUGACAUCAGACUAUCACUCAGGUUCAUCUUCCGACGAGGAGAGCACACGCACUUCCCCCCUUACGUUUGACUACAGCCGCUGUUCUCACCAGGGAAUAAACCCAAAUGCCCCUCCCUGGCAUCCGAAAAAAACGGUAACAGGCAAAAGUGUCAUCCUUCCUCCCCAUGGUUUCACGCCUUGCAGCAGAGCCCCCCACACACACACUUCAAGGCAGAAACUGUGGGUUCCCCCAAGCUACAGAACAGGACCUGGUUACUGGGACACGCACCUGGCACACCCUUACAUGUAGGAAUAAUGGUGCACACUGGACAACAAAUCUGAAGGUGACGCGACCUUAAGACGACUGUCACUUUUUUUUUAAAACAAUAAUUUUAUAGUGUAAAUGUUGAUUGUUCAGAUUUUUUUUUUUGCACUUUAGACCAUUUUGUUAAAGUUUGAAUAAAUCACUUGUAUUCAAUUGGAUAUUGAAAUGGGAAUACUGCACAUGUUAUCUUGAAGUACUCUAUUUUUACGAAGGGAGACGUUCAUGUAUGCCACUUACUGCGGUCCUUUUGUAAUAAAAUUUAUUUAUUCAUAGUGUAGAAUUCUCAGAUGUAUAGGCCUAAAUUUAUGAUGUUUUAUUAAACACACGUUCCAAGCAUGA